AUGGCCACAUUCAGGGGCACUAAGGACAUUGCGAACAAGAAGACGAAGGGGCUCAAGGACCACAAGAAGAUCCAGAAGGAGAUGACACUAGCAAAACGUGCCGCUGCCGCUGAAGGGGUCAAGGCGAAGAAGAUCUUGUCUGCGCCUGUUGCCGUCGUCUUUGCCAAGGUUGCGCCCGUGCAAGAUGAAUCCGCUGACGAAGGCGAGAUACAUACCAUGAUGAAGGAAGUCAAGGAGUGUAUCAAAGAGAUGACAUUCAAGCAGCCCCUUGAUAUCGUUGAACACGGCAAAGCCCUGGAAGCUGCAUUAUACGAUAACAUGGAGACACCGCGCCAGAUGCUGGUUCGCUGCAAGUAUACCGCAUCCAUUGAUGCAGAGCAUCAUCCUGUCGACGGAGACGAGGUUGCAAAUGAGGCUGACCGCUCAGACAACGACGCGCUGAACUCGUUCAGGUCAGCGCCUAAAUGCCUGGACGACAACUGUUUCGAGAUCACGCCGAUGAUAACUGGUUUGACCGAAGACAACUUGACAACGCCAACCAAGACCACUUCUUCACUUGCGCUUCUCCGCUUGUUUGACUUAGUCAAGGACGCUGGCCAGACUAAAGUCGGUGCCUUCGGUUCAUCUGUCUCUUCUGCACCUGACUCCAGCGAGGCUACAGAGUGCGACGAGAUCAUUGUCAAUCUCCCAGAUGCGAGCAGACAUCUUCAUGGUCGUGUCAACAUGGGCCACAUGUCCUCUGUCUCCGGUGCUCGGGUCAAUAAGAAGCCAGUCGAGGUUCGCACCCUGGAGUCUGUUGAGACUGAGAUGCGUGUCGCCCGCGAUAAAAGCUCUGUUAACGCACCUGCGUUUGUGGAUCCUGCUAUCGUCGAGUACAAGAUCCAAGGUCAGGCUCUUGUUGUCGUCGAUGAGCAUGCUCAAAUGGCGAGCUCACCCACAGAUGAUCGCGGUGAAGACGGCAACAUGCUGGGACCAUUCACAGGAUGUCGCAUCAUGUCUUCGCGUAGCUUGUCGCCAACAUCGUCACAUCGAUCCCGCGCAUCGUCGCCUGUUGACUCUCAGCGGGCAUAUACACCAUGCACACAAUACUCUGUCUCUCUGCCCCCGGACUUAUCAGUCUCGUCCGUACCAUUUGUUAUGUCUAGCUACGUCGAUCCACGUAGUGUAUGGUGGUACGGCCCUGACGUCCAGAUGAGCCCACAUAACGGCGGGUUCUAUGACCAGUCAGUGUCUUCUUAG